AUGGACUCGAAGUUGUAUCUGGCUGAGAAUGUGCUCAAUGAGCGACGCCCUGUCACAUAUCGCUUACUGAGCCGCGCGCUCAAAGUGCACGCCAAUCGGGCCAAACAUAUUCUUUUUGAAUUCCACCGCAAUGAGAACGCGAAGAAGCCACAUACUGUCCACGCAACCUACGUCAUCUCCGGCAUCCAGAAAGCGCCUGAGCCGGCCCCUACAAACGGCCAUGCGGACGAUGAAGAUGAUAUGAUGGCGAGCAUUCCCUACUUGUCCAGCUCAAUGCCGAACCAAGAUGCAGACUCGGACUCAAUUCGCACUACCUCCAUCGUCUUAGCGCGCGAGGAAGACUUGGAAGAUGCGAAAUCAACCUUCCAAUCCAUAUCCACAAUCCAUGUCUACAGUCUUGAGCCUACAGCUCUACCGGAUCUGAAUGUGUUGGUUGAUUCCAAUCGGGAGAUUGCGAGAACAUACGGACAGGAGGACCCACUGGAGUUUGGGAAGCAAUGGGGUAUGAUCCAAAAUCGAAACGUCAAGCGGAGGACUGGCGCGCGCCCACCGCCACUUGCAGCUUCAGCUGUAAAGGCGCCGACUACUAAGCCAUCAAAGCCUUCUAUUGAGUCGACGGUGCCUGCUAAACGGCCACUACAAAAGGAAGCAUCCUCUUCGAAAGCAGAAGCUACCAAGUCUGAUGAACUGAAGUCUGAGCCAUCUUCUGCUGCCAAUCCUCAGACAUCCGCGAACCCUUCGGGUAAAGCAGCCCCAGCCAGACCAAAAGGCAAUGGCAAUCUUUUCAGCUCUUUUGCCAAAGCAAAGCCAAAGACUAAGGUAUCGACGCCCGCGGAAUCGGCCGCACCGAGUGCAGAAGAUGUCGUACUUGAUGAUGCAUCUGAAGAAGAAGCAGAAGAAUUGUUCCCUGAUAGUACCGAUAAAGCAGCCGCAGCAAACCGCGAAAACAGGAAAGAGCGCGAGGAAAAGCUCAAGAAAAUGAUGGAUGAUGAUGACGACGAGGCUGAUGAUGAAGAAAUGCCGGAUGCCGAUGAGGAGCCACGAGAGCCCACGCCUGUUGAGCAACCGCCACCAUCCAAGCCCGCUGAACUUAAAGAAGAAGUGACCGUACAAGGCGGCCGGCGGCGAGGCAAGCGACAAGUCAUGAAGAAGAAGACGGUCAAGGACGAAGAAGGAUACCUAGUUACUCGGGAAGAGGCGACGUGGGAGUCUUUCUCCGAGGAUGAGCCGGUGCCUAAGAAGAAGCCCGCAGUCAAUGUUCCUAAGGCGAAGGCUGGAAAAGCUGCGGGUCAGGGUAAUAUCAUGUCUUUCUUUGGAAAGAAAUGA